CGUUGCUUUCAUGAUUUUAUAUGAAAUUUGUCCCCACAUUUCCCUUUCAAUUAUUGCUUUUCCAAAAUACCCGAAAACUACAUCUCCAUUCCCCCACCACCGCCCCUAGCACCAUUUCUUCCUUUACCUGUUCAAUAAAAAAUAAUUCAAGUUUUACCAUUGUUUUCUCCUUUAUCAUGGAGAACUCACCAACCGUUAUCAUGUCACAACCACCGCCGCCGCCGCCGUUCUUUGUGUCUUCGCCACCGGAUUUCCAGCCUGACAACACGACUAACAGCACUAUUAUAAGCUCACCUCCCCCAUUACCUUUCUCUUCAUCACCCCAAAUAUACCCUCUUACAGAUCAAAACGCAUCCACUGUUACUAUAGUGACAAUCAAUCAACCCCCACCUUUCCCUGAUUCACCGAGAAGCAUUGAUUUAUCCCCUCUUGAAUUCAUUCUCGCUCUUAUGGCUGUCAUAACUAUCCCCGCUUUAAUCUACUCUUUCUUUUUCGCCGUCAAGUGCCCUCCUUGGUCUUCCGGAGAACGUCAUCACGACAGCCCCGAAGACCUUCCCGGUGACAACCAUGAGAGUAGUACUGUUGUUGAAAUAACCGAGAGGAGGAGGGAGCCUGUUUCAGGUGUCAAGUACCGAAAAGAGACUCAUUCUAAAGAAAUCGGGAAUGAGUGUCCCGUUUGUUUAUCAGUGUUUGCAGAUGGGGAAGAAGUAAAGCAAUUGAGUGGAUGCAAGCACUCGUUUCAUACUACUUGCAUUGAUUUGUGGCUUAACAAUCAUAACAAUUGCCCAAUUUGCCGGGCUUCUGUUGCUGUAAAGAGGCCAAACAACAACCGUACGCCGCCGCCUGGUUCAGGCUCAACUAGAUAUAGUGAUCACCAUCAAGGCUUGCCAGAUGCAGCCAGUUUGGUUUAAUUUUUUUUAAACCCUUUAUUGCUCAAAUUUCAAUAACUGGUAGUACUAUAGAAUCAUGAGUCCAAAGUUGGAAAUUGAGAUAUAUUCACUUAGAUUUGUCUGUGAUUCUGCUAUGAGAAGAACCCUUUUUGUGUGCAUAUUCCUUAUUUUUCCAAAUAGGGGUGGCCUUGUGUUGAUAAAUUGCAGUAAAACGCUUGUUUUUACCCA